CAAUGACUUGUGUUUAGUACGUGUAGAUUCCGAGAUACCGCAAUGAAAAGCGGUGCAGCAAAUGGUUUUCAACUGCUGCAAACUCACCAUUACACGCAUAUGUAGCUGUUUUAAAAGAGACUGACACUUCAGUUGUACGACAAAUGUGACAUGUAUCAUGAAGUGCAUUUGUCUAUCACCACUAUUUUCCAAAACUGGAAAGCUAAUUUUCUCAAAAAAAGGAACAAUAAACUCUUCUGUUUGUGAAGAUGGUUCCUUUAAGCAAGGAGCAUACAGGCAGAACGAAGAAACUCGCUCGCCUAUCAGCAGAAGGCCUUACACGUAUGGAGGGAAAACUUCGGAAGUUGUCGUGAACACACACCAGAAGGACAAAAGGUCAGAAGAUUUAAUCCGAGACACCAUCAAAAGAAACAACAUCCUCAAGAACCUCGAAUCACUGGAGAUUAACAUUAUAGUUGGAGCAAUGUACAGCAAAAAGUAUGACAAGAAUACAUUCAUCAUAAAUGAAGGAGAAAUAGGGAACUACAUGUACGUAUCUGGAGAAGGCGAGUUCGAGGUACUAAAACAGGGAAAGUUUGUUAGGUCCUUCGGUCCCGGACUUGUGUUCGGCGAGUUCGCCAUCAUUUACGACAAACCUCGAAACGCGUCAAUCCGAGCGAGCACGGACGCGCUGGCGUGGGUGCUGGACAGCCGGGUGUACAAGCAGAUCAUGAGGCAGCGCAGCAGCAACAAGGUGGCGUACCUGCGCGGCGUGGCCCUGCUCGAGCGCCUCAGCGACCAGUCCCUCGCCGAGAUGGCGGACCUGCUGUCGGUGAAGUACUACGAUGCUGGUGAUCGCAUUGUGGAAGAAGGCACACAAGGCGAUGCAUUCUACAUAAUAAGUGGUGGCAGUGUGAGGGUAACUAAAAGAAACCCAGGCUCGUCGGCAGAGCUGGAGGUGGGCGUGCUGGAGGCGGGCAGCUACUUCGGCGAGCUGGCGCUGCUGGGCCACGAGCGGCGGCAGGCGACCGUCACGGCUCUGCCCCCGGGGGUGGAGUGCCUCGUGCUGGCGAGGGAGCCUUUCCAGAGACUACUGGGAGGAAUCGAAGGCCUGAAGAGUAAGACGUACCCCACGGUAGAUCCCCUGCCAGAAACUCCUCGAGAAGCAGCAGAGGGCCGCGCCCAAGUGCGGCUGCAGAACCUGCGGCGAGUGGGCGUGCUGGGGGGCGGAGCCUUCGGGCGCGUGGACCUGGUGCAGGACCGCGCCAGCCGCUCCACGUACGCGCUCAAGCGCCUCAGCAAGCACCUGGUGGUGAGCCAGCGCCUGCAGACCUUCGUCUACAACGAGAAGCACGUGAUGCUCGCGUGCGCCAGCUGUCCCUUCGUGCCCAGGUUGUACGAAACUUAUAAAGACAGCAAGUACAUUUACUUCCUCAUGGAACCUUGCUUGGGCGGUGACGUCAUCACCCUGCUGCAAGAGCGUCGCAGGUUUGAAGACCACGUGGCCAGGUUUAUAACUGGCUGCGUCGUGGAGGCAAUCGACUUCCUUCACAACAAAGGCAUAGUCUAUCGAGACUUGAAGCCGGAGAACUUGCUGCUCGACUCACGUGGAUACAUUAAGAUGGCUGACUUCGGGUUCGCCAAGCGCAUAGGGACGAGCGGCAAGACGUGGACCAUGGUCGGGACGACGGAGUACUUCGCGCCAGAGAUUGUCCUCAACAAAGGCCACAACAGAGCUGUGGACUACUGGACCUUGGGAAUACUCAUAUUCGAACUGCUCGAUGGAAGGACCCCGUUCGCGGCGCCCGACCCCAUGGACGUGUGCAGCCGGAUCCUGACGGGCAUCGACGCCGUGGGCUUCCCGGCGCACGUGUCUCCCCGCGCCAGGUCGCUGGUGCGCCAGCUGUGCAGACGGGUGCCCGCCGAGCGACUGGGCUACCAGGGCCGCGGCGUCGCGGACAUCCGGCAGCACGGCUGGUUCCAGGCACUGAGGUGGGACGCCUUGAGACGCAAGGACAUCACUUCGCCCAUCGUGCGACGAGUAAAGAGCAACACGGACAUGAAAUACUUUCAAGCGUACGACCCGAACGAAGAGGCGGCGCUAGACGAAACCUCCGGAUGGGACGAAGACUUCUAGCAUCCUCGACUUCCACUCGUCGCGAGUUGUGACACUACGAGAGGAACUUCGUUCUUGCCGCAGAACAGCGAGUUCGCGACCUGCACCGAGCCUUCGAAACCUUCCCCACGCACAUUUGAUGCAAAAAGCGGCUCCGAAAUUUGCAGGUCGAUCGCCAGGGAGAUUGAAAACAUUUAUACCUUUGCAUUUAUUUUGUUUGGAUUGGGUCGUGUGCAUUUCGACAUUCCCCUCUACGACUGCAGGCCAGUCAACUACCAAAUGCCAGUAGAGUAAACCAAUCACAUUGACACAAUCUUAAGAAGGGUAGGUUCUGAUGCAGUAAGAAAUCAGUCAAUAGAAAAGCAUGUUAUGGGGACAGUAUACACACGAGUGUGAAUUUCCUGUUCUCUAUUAACUACUGAACUUUUAAAACUCUAAUUAAACUAUUUUUGUAAUAAAAAAUUAUUAAAAUGUUUUACUCUUCGCACCGACUAUAGUCAUAUCAGCCAAAACACCUCACCGUCCUCAAGAAGUUCAAAAUUUGCCCCGCAACCAUAUACAUGUACAUCCAUACAAAAUGCAUCUUCUGAAAUUUUACAUCUCGAUUACGAAUGUGUGACAAUUUUUAUGUAUGAUAUAUUCUGUGCAGCUUUAAAAAUAAAAAAA